ACGGGUUACAUUUUAAAAGCAGCGGAAAAUCAGAAGCGUGCGUUACGUCUGGUAUGGUAAACGUCAAUGAAACUAGGUAAACGUUAUCACUGAUAUGGUACAGAAAACGACGAAUAUCUCAGAUAACAGUUAUAGAUUACGGUUCGGGUACAGUAAAUGGCUCUAACGCCUACCUUGUGUGGACUAGCGUACGAUUGGGAAUACCUUGAACGUGAACGCAACUGGACGCCUUACCGGGUGCCUAGUGCCCCAGCCAUUAGACUUUUAAAAGAAGAUUUUCAUGCGCUUGGAUACGACGAUGCCAAUGGAUCGUACUUUGAUUAUCUUCACUCUUACUAUCUGAAGCAGUCUUAUUCGGCAUGUAAAGGACUGGUACCAAGUCCACACAUACAUUCAAGAUGUCAGUCUACAUUCACAUGGUAUGUUCCAGUUAGAGACCGUGACCCCACGGCUCCAGGGGUCAAGUGUGAAGGUCACCCAUCAUGUACAUUGUCACUGCCAUCUCUCUCCAGGAAUGGGCAGCACUGGGUUGAUGAUGAUGAUGACGCUAACCACAGACUGCCAGACAGUCGUAUCAAGUGGGUGGACGCUCUCAAUGCAUGGGUGUCUGAGAAAGAGUAUACCCAAGGUAAACCAUACAUCACCUUCGUAAACACCCCACCUCGGGUUGAGAAGUACUGCCCAGCUCACGUCUCCAGCAAGGACAGAGAAGGAAAACAAAAUCGCUGUGAGAACUGUUAUCGGUUCCAGAUGCACAUGCACAAAUUUAACAGUACUACAGACAUCAAUAGUAUUCCAUAUCUACGGAGAGCCAUUAAUACGGGUUUACAACAGAAAUCAUCCAUCCAAAACAGAACUGCAGCUGAAAUUGCAGAGAGACGUAAAUCAAGGAAAGCAUAUUCUACCCCAGCCUACAAUUCAGAUGUCAGAAGGACAAGAAUCGUGCGAUUUCAGCCUCCACAUUCACCCGUCCCCACUCCGACAAUAUCACCUCCUGAAGUAGCCUGCCAAGAGGAACAAAAAGACGAAGAUGAAGAAUUAAAAGGAGUAGAAGCCAAGACUAACAAAGAAACAGAACAUGAGUUAGCUGAAUGCCCACAGGAUGGCGGGAAGGAUGAGGCAGAUUGUAGCAGACAGCUGGAAUCUAUAGCUCUUGAUACACUAGUGUCGACAGACAUAGAAGAAGUUAUAGUACAAGAAUCUCAGAUUACACCGGACAUUAAGGGUAAGCAGACAUUAACUAGAACCUCUUGAUACACUAGUGUCGACAGACAUAGAAGAAGUUAUAGUACAAGAAUCUCAGAUUACACCGGACAUUAAGGGUAAGCAGACAUUAACUAGAACCUCUUGAUACACUAGUGUCGACAGACAUAGAAG